AUAGAAAGGGCCGUGCAAUUUUACAAAGAAUGUCAGUAUGACCAUUAACGGCCAGCAUAAGAGAUAUAAUUACAAUUGUGACACUGCUAAGAAUGUGAAUGGUGUAGGUGUUAAAAGGACGCCAAGGCGGAAAGAUAGGGAAAGGGUAGAAAAAAUGAGCAACCGAAGGAAGAGCUCGGCAACGGCAGAAAGCGAUGAGGUGGAGCAGCUGUUGCAGGCAGCGCAGGACGAGACGCUCUUAAAACUCUCAGUCGACAGCCACAUGUCUCGCGUGGCCCCCGAUUAUCUCGACCCCAAUCUCCACCGUCGGUUCCAGGCCCUCCGAUCCCGACCUUCCACUUCUCAAUCAAAAUCGCAACUACAAAAACAAUCACCAGCACCAUUAAAACAACAACAACAACAGCAAAAGGAAGAGGUAAAAAAGGAGCAAAAAUCGAAGGUUGUUGUUGUGGGUAAUGUUGACGAGGAAUUGAGGGGUGUGUUGGGUGAUGAUCUCUCCGCUAGAUUCGCUGCUCUCAAGGCUUCUUUGUCUUCUUCUUCUGAUCCUGCUCCUGCUGCUGCUACUAAGGAAGUUAGUAUCGGUCUCGACAAAUCCGACGGUGAAGAUGAGGAGGAUGAAGUUGAGAACGUGAUUCGGUGGGCCAUGGAUGCUGCUCGCCUUGAUCCUUCUCCUCCUUCUGACGAUGACGAUGAUCACAUCGAUUCCGACGUAGAUGAUAACGUCGACGACGACGACGACGACGAUUAUCCCAAAAAUAAAAAGAAGGAAUCUAAAAGUAGUAGGAAACGACAGUCUUGAGUCUCUUUAAAGCAGCCAUGCAGCAUUUUAUCAGACGUCCCACCAGUGACGUUAAUCCGAUUUUUAAGAAACAAACUUUAUCUUCAGAUUGGAGGCAGUGAAUACUCUCAGCCUCGGAAGACUUGUUCAUUAGGUGCCUGAUCAUAGCCAUAAAUCUUUGUGUAAUGUCAUGAUACCAUGCAUAAUUAUACAUCAAACUUAAUCAUAUUUUUUUCUCAUUUUACAAAGUUCUCAUUAUUCUUUUUGCCUCUGGGUAUUGUCCUGUUCUUGUAAAGGGCCCAGCAGAUAGGUUUUCUUUUCAGAUCAUUCAUGCAUAAAUUGCUACGGUUGUUUAUUAGUGCAGUUGAGUACCAUGUAACUUUCACAGUUGUUGAGAAUCAAAUUUGUUUACAAACA